CGAUUUUUGUCCUUUUUUUUCUAGGUUAUGUUCACUUGCACAAAUUUCUACCAACGUGGGAAGCGGAUUCAACAAGAAUUUCGAAGUUUGUCUCGCACACGUGCUCUCAAAUUUUCAGAAGGUGAUUCAAUAGUUAAAAAAGAUACAAUGGCGAAAAAGGGAAAUAAAAGGUCUCUGGAGACCUCCGAGGGUCCAGCGAAGGUCGAAGUAUCGGCUCAAGGUCCUCCGAAAAAAUUAAAAGUGAAGAAAGAGUCAAAAACUAAUGGUGCACCCGCCAACGGUACCAAACCUGAACAAAAAAAAAAUAAACCCAAUCAGGUUGGCCCCAAGAAGGCACAGGAGGCUCAAUCUCCCAAACCUGCCCUGAAAAAGCCCAAAAAAGAAAAGAAACAGGUGGAAAAACUAGAAAAAACCCCAGAGCAGAAGAAGGAUCAUGAACUCCAAGUUCUCCAGAAAAAAUUAGAGGCUAAAAAAAAGAAGAAGGAGGUCAGAAAGGAGAAGAGGAAGGAGAAUGGGCAAUUCAAACCCGAGAAUAUUAAAUUGACUGCUGAUGAGAUCAAAACCAAGAUCGAGGACCUGAAGAGCAAAGGGCAACUAAGUAAAACUGCUCGCAGGAAGCUGUCAACCCUUCAGAAGAAACUGAGAAUCGAGGAGGGGACUUACACACCACCAUCAGAGCUUCCCCAGACUCCAAAACUAUCUGCGAGUCUGAAACGAAAGAUCAGGAGACACAAGAAUGCAAUCAAGAGGGGGGAGGCGAUGAGUGCUACAAAUAGUGAGCAGGUAGAAACAAAGAAGCUGGAGGAGAAGGCUAAGAAUGUUGCGAAGCUUGUGAAGCAGGAGCAGAAUAAACAGGUUGCUAAGGCUGUCGAUAAGGUUGAAGGGAAUAAGCAGAAGGGUGUGGAGAAGAAGCAGAAGGGGAAGAAGGUGGUUGCCAAGGUUGAGGUGGAGAGUGAUGAUGAUGAUGAUGAUGAGGAUGAGGAGGAGGAGGAGAGCGAUGAGCAAGACUCUGAUGAGGAGGGUAACACUUUGAACACUACCCAGGAAGCUGAGAGUGAUGAGGGAGACUCUGAAGAGAUGGACAGCACUUUGAAUACUACCGAGGAAGCCGAGAGUGAUGAGGAAGAUUCUGAAGAAGUAGACAGCACUUUAAAUACUUCUCAAGAGGUUGAGAAUGAUGAUGAAGAUGAUGAAGAUGAUGAGGAUGAUGAGGAAGAGGAAGAAGAAGAGGAGGAAGAUGAUGAUGAGGAAGAAGAAGAAAAGAAAAUUGAAAUUAAGUCUAAGCCUGCACCCCCUAAGACACCGAAAGCUAAAGAAACCACCAAGCCGGUGCCAGUAGCUAAAAAAGCUGCAGAACCACAACAAAAUUCGGAUAAGAAGACGAGAUAUGUUCUCUUCGUUGGAAACCUGCCUUACGCAGCAACACAAGACGACAUAAAGAAGCACUUCUUGACGAAAGUAUCGACAAUCGCCAGUGUGCGCAUUCCCACAGACGCUCAGACCAACAAACCACGUGGCUUCGCCUAUGUAGAAUUCGGAAACAGCGUAGAUUACGAGAAAGGUUUGUCUCUCCACGAAUCCAACCUGCUAGGGCGUAGGAUCAACGUGCAGUACAGUCAGCCAGGAUCCAAAAGCUCUGGAAAGAGGCCGGAAGUGGUUGCAAAGAACCAGAAACUCCACGCAAUGAGGAAGCAGGGUCAGUUAGCUGGUAGCGUCAAAAAUUCCCAAAAACGAAACUUCAGGAGAAACCAGAACAAAAGCCGAGAAUAAUCAGCAAUUCCUUGAAUACAAUUAAGUGCAAUGCCCCACCGCAUGGCACACGAUAGGGCGAAAGACAUUUUUUAUAUAUUUUCACAGUAGAUAACUUACUGUACAUCUUUGAUUUUUUUAAGUUGAAAAAUUGUCAAUAUACGACGUUAUGAAAAUAUAAUAAGUGACUUAUCUGGUUUUAAAAAACUGUUAAUCUUAUUAUUGGUGGUGAGAGAGCAGAGGAGAUAAAUCGUUGUAUUUGUA